GCUCAAAUUCACAAUCUGUGUCGUAUCAAGAAUCUAAGAAAGAACCACUCUCAAAUGCCUUCUACAACCAACACACCAAUCACCAUCGCUACUUCACCAGCCAAGUCGGCGAUCUCGGAGAAGUUUCCAUGGGAGGGCCGCAACUCGCUUGGGUAUAUGAACGAUAAGCCGACAGAUAAAUGGCGCAAAUAUAUUGGCAGGGAGGAACGCAAGCAGCUUAGGAAAGGCACAGAUCUCCUGACAACGUCCACCGCACUUGUGUCCGAUUCAUCGCAGUGGGCUACUAGCAUCGCUGUGGUGGAGGAAUCUUCCUUCAUAGCAGUCGGAUCUGCUUCGGAGACACUGUUCAUACUAGAAAAUGUUGACAAGCGUACACAGGAUCUAACGCUUCGAUCAGCCAUCACCGUUCCAGAUGCUGUGUACUCUCUUGCCAUCUCGGGCACCAAGCUCCUGACUGGCGGACACAAUGGCCGCGUGCAGGUGUUCAAUCUGGACCAGUUCGUGCUGGACACGAAGAAUAAGGGUGUCGAUCAUGUGGAUGAGCUCAGAGUUAUCCCAGCUGAUCUAAGAGCGCCUAUCGCGCCGCCCCAAAGAAUGGCGGGCAGCCUUCGAGUAAACGUAGUGGACUUCGAGAGGCUAGAGGGUGGAGACGAGCCUGCAGCGAGUCCUACAUUUUUGGCAACCGUUGGGAAGCAUCUUUAUAUUGGAGACCUUCAAACCGGCAAAACAACCGCAUCCGAAGCUGUUGGCAUGGACACCCUUCUCUCCGCCUCAUUCACGCCACAUCCCGGCGUGCGCCUAAUCGCUGCGGCCGGAGUAGACCGGUCCAUCAAUAUCCUGGACAGCAGGCAAAUAGGCAGCGGGUCCGCCUCGAAUAUUUGGAAAGUGCCCGAAGCGCAUGGCCUUGCUGUGAAUGAAGUCAAAUUCAACCCGUUGAUCCCGUACUGGCUCGCUAGUGUCGGCGAGGACUCGGUGGUGAAACUGUGGGAUAUGCGUUUCCUGCACUACCCAGUUGGAAGGAUAGAUGCUCACUAUCAUAGCAUCCGCUCGCUUGCUUGGUCACCAUCCCGCGCCGAACUCCUCACCACAGUCUCAAGCGACCGCUCCUGGCGCGCCUGGUCCUUCAACGCCUCACUUGCCACCACCCGCGAAACAUGCCCUUCAUCAGCCUUCAUCGACAGUCCCGGAACGGAAUGGGGCACCUCGCCACAUACUGAAAUGUCAGAUCGCGCGGUCGUUGGGGCUUAUUUGGUGGCCGAGUGCACGGAUUAUACGAGCCCGCCGAUCAAAGUCGUGGCUGGGAGGGAUCGGAAUGAUGCGUUCUAUAGUGUUACGGGUACCGGACAGGUAUGCUGUCAUGUGGUGAGCGGGGAUGUUUUCGAGAUUGUCAAUCCGCACAGGUUCACUUCCGCACAAAAUUCCACGGCCUUUUCCAUCGAGCAAUCCGUCCAAACCCGCGAUUUAGCCACUGCGUACACCGACAUUAUCGCGCACUGCAGAGCCGCCCGUGCCGAAAACAAGUUGCUCGCCUCCCACGAGGUGGACCUAAUCAAAUUAUGCACCUCAACACCGCCAGUCGGCGCAGAGGAGUGGAACUUACCCAAGUUGGAGAUGGUGGAGCGUGUGGCUGACCGAGAGGCUGUGGAGAACAUCCGGGAGGAGCUUCGGAGAUGGACAUAUUGGCUGCCUCCCGGAUUCGGUGGGCAUCUGAGAGAUGUUGGAAUGAUAAGGAAGAAACUACAGCAAGAGUUCGAUAUCAUGGUCGUUCGGUGCGAUCUCGUUGGAAAAGCGUUGGAAGGGGAUGGUGAUGCCAUUCUAAAGGAGGAAACAGCGUUUUCCCGAGGAUUGGAGGUUGAUCCGCUGUACAUCAAUGGGGCGACGCUCAGAGUCUUAUCUCAAGCAAUCAUUCAGCACGACUACACCAAAGCUCUCACCUUCGGUCUGAAACUCGCCCAAACCGUCGAAGACACGCCUGGGCGCACGCUUGCAGAUUGCACCGAAGCCUUCGGCGUUCUGCUAUUCCCGACCGUUUUUGACAAGUCAAAAUGGCAGCCGACCUUCGAUUAUCAGCCGCUAGGAGCAGAUAAACCCGCCGCUGAUCUACUCGCGACCCAGAGCGGGAGAGAUGUGAACGAUGCUGCAAAGUACGCACGCUAUGCGACUGUGGCGGCGGAGUACGCUGCAUUGCUGCAGCGGAGGGAUAAGGAGGUUUUAGGGCUUGCUGAAGCGGUCUCGCCGUCACUGGCAGACCAUUCCGGGGAUGAAAACGACGGACGCUCUACCGUAGACGGAACCCUUCCGCCUAGUCAGCAAGCAGCGGACGACAUGAAGAACCAGGCGUUGAGGACCCUCAUCGCGAACGGCGGAAAUGUGCUUUCGAUGUUGCGGUUGCAAAUUAAACUCACAAAAAUCAUGGCAUCCCCACCGGCGGACACUUUCUACAACGACAUCCUUCGUGUUUUCGACAAUAUGAACACGGAGGAGAUGCAGGAAAGCGGUAGCACGCAGAAACGGCCUUUCGUAGAACGCACGAUCUCGUCGUACGCGAUUGUCCUUUACCUCGAUGCCUUGUUGCAUCAUAAUCGGUUUGAGGACUAUUGGGGAACGUGCUUCGAGCUGGUUAAUCAAUACGCAUCAUACGCACUCCCCACAACCCUGUUAGCCCACGCCUUGAAAAUCGCCACGCCCGACUUCAAUGCUCAAAUCGGGCUCAUCUACGAAGCAGCAACGCACAAGCUGGCCCAAGCACUCGAUACCAGCGGGAGCAAUCGCGCGCUCGACUCGGUUCUCCUUCAAGCCAUCGACAAAAUCAAAGAAGGCAUGGUGCUUGUGGUUAGCUGUGGGGUCUGUUUGGGGAGGUUGGGUUCGGGGAGUGCGGGCGGACAGAGGGAGAGCGUGGAGAAAAUUAGAGGGGAUCUGUUUUUGAGAUGGCUGGGGACACUGCAAUCAUCCCUUCUUCGGGCAUUGGAUCUGGUCGACACAACGAUGGGCGCCGGUAGCAUGAGAGAAGCGGCGCAGAAAAUCCAAGCCUCCAUACGGGAUUCGCUACAACCGGCCAGCAGUGGCGGACGUGCACGAGCAGCGCAGACUGCUCUGGCCAUUGGAAAAGACGCCAAAGACAAUCCCAACCCCGUCGUCAAGUUCAUAGCUGAGAUCAACAGCGUGAUUGAACAGCUUGGCAAAGUCGGUAGGACGGAAGUCGCUGGGCCGGCGGCUGCGGGGAGUAUUGCUGGCACUCUGCCUAAGCCAGCCGCUUCGAUUCGAGAGUCGUUGGAUACUUGAAACAGAGUUUUCAUUCCUCAGAUAGUGAGACCUGCAGUCGCCAGUGCUCAGGGCUUGUGGGCGUUUUUUCAAAUGGUAUGAGGAGCCCUCUUACCAGCCGAGGUGUACAAAAGGAAUGCGAAAUAUCAGUGUCUGAAUGAUGGGGUCCGGAUUUGGCUUCUCCCCAAAAUCUUGUAGUUCAAAGAAUUAUCUCUCGCAGGGCAAACAAAUAUUCUGAUUUGCCCA